CAUUGCAAGAGGUCAUAGGUUGGGGGUUAAUAGGAUGGAAAUACUAUGCCAAUGUGAUUGGUCCAAUCCAGUGCAAAGGCCUGGCCAACCUGGGAGUCACACAGAUUGCCUGUGCAGAGAAGCACUUCCUGAUUCUGUCACGCGAUGUCCGCGUGUACACACAGGCCUACAAUAGUGACACACUGGUCCCACAGCUGGUCCAAAGCCUUGCCUCCAGAAACAUUGUAAAAAUUACUGCCCAUUCUGAUGGUCACCAUUACCUAGCCUUGGCUGCCACUGGAGAGGUGUACUCCUGGGGCUGUGGGGAUGGCGGACGGCUGGGCCACGGGGACACUGUGCCUCUGGAGGAGCCUAAGGUGAUCUCCGCCUUCUCUGGAAAGCAGGCCGGGAAGCACGUGGUGCACAUCGCUUGCGGGAGCACUUACAGCGCAGCCAUCACUGCUGAGGGGGGAGCUGUACACCUGGGGCCGCGGGAACUACAGCCAGCUGGGCCACGGCUCCAGUGAGGACGAGGCCAUUCCGAUGCUGGUAGCUGGGCUUAAAGGACUGAAGGUCAUCGAUGUGUGUGGGAGUGGGGACACUCAAACCCUGGCUGUCACUGAGAACGGGCAAGUGUGGUCUUGGGGAGAUGGUGACUAUGAGAAAUUGGGCAGAGGUGGUAGUGAUGGCUGCAAAACCCCAAAGCUGACUGAAAAGCUUCAAGACUUGGAUGUGGUCAAAGUCCGCUGUGGAAGUCAGUUUUCCAUUGCUUUGAUGAAAAGUGGCCAAGUUUAUUCAUGGGGAAAAGGUGACAACCAGAGACUUGGACAUGGAACAGAGGAAUAUGUUCAUUAUCCAAAACUCUUAGAAGGCUUGCAAGGGAAGAAGGUGAUUGAUGUGGCUGCAGGCUCCACCCACUGCCUGGCUCUGACUGAGGACAGCGAGGUCCACAGCUGGAGGAGCAACGACCAGUGCCAGCACUUUGACACCUUGUGCGUGACCAAGCCAGAACCUGCAGCAUUGCCAGGACUGGACGCCAAACACAUAGUGGGAAUUACCUGUGGGCCUGCCCAGAGCUGUGCUUGGUCAUCGUAUUCUGAGUGGUCCAUUGGCCUCCGUGUCCCUUUUGGGGUGGACAUUUGCUCAGUGACUUUUAAGCAGCUGGAUCUCCUGCUGCAGCAGGUGAGUGAGGGGAUGGACGGCUCCGCAGACUGGCCCCCGCCCCAGGAGAUAGAGUGCGUGGCCGUGGCAAUGCUGAAUCUUCUCCGACUUCAGUUGCAUGCUGCCAUUAGUCACCAGGUUGACCCGGAAUUCCUUGGUUUAGGUCUGGGCAGCGUCCUCCUGAACAGCCUGAAGCACACGGUGGUGACACUGGCCAGCAGCACAGGCGUGCUGAGCACCAUGCAUUCAGCCUCCCAGGCCAUGCUGCAGAGCGGCUGGUCCGUGCUGCUGCCCACCGCAGAGAAGCAGGCCCGGGCGCUCUCUGCUCUCCUGCCCUGUGCAGUUCAGUUUCAGGCAAUGAAGUGAACAUAAGUCCAGGUUGUCGAUUCAUGAUUGAUCUUCUGGUGGGCAGCUUGAUGGCUGCUGGAGGGUUGGAGUCAGCCUUACACGCAGCCAUUACUGCAGAGAUCCAGAUAUGGCCUUGGAGGCACACGUGACCUGGUGGUGUGCUGAGAUCGGAAAUAAAACACUCACACAUGUGAAGAAUAACUGAAAACUGUAAAACACUCAACUUUUAUGAUAUCCAAGUAUUUUCUUAAAUUAAAAUUCUUUUAUGUGCUAAUUUUAAAAAUUAUUGAGGUGAUUUAAUUGUGAUGAAAUACUGCAUGUUGCCUGUUUCAGUGAAGUUAACAGAUAACCUGUUACUCAUGUAGACCAUUCCCGUCACCCGGAAAGAUCCCUGUGCCCUUGGCACUUGCAGCCAGGAUACUCCCCUGCCCUCAGAUGAGAUGCAUUUCGCCUGCUCUGAGUGUCGCAGCAGUAUAACUGUAUAGUAUGCACUCUUUCCUGCCUUGCCUUGGAGAAUGAUUUUCAGAUUCACUCACUGAUGUGUCUAUUGUGACUUCGUUUUUAUUAUUGGGAAGUUUUCCAUUUUAUGGGUGUAGUACUCUUUGUUAGUUCAUUCUCCUAUUGAAGGACAUUAAAUUGUUUUUGGUUUUUGUUUUCUUUUUCUUUUUUUGAGACCGGGUCUUGCUCUGUCACCCAGGCUGUAUACAGUGACCUGAUCUUGGCUCACUGCAGCCUUGUCCUCCUAGGCUCACAUGAUCCUCCCACCUCAGCCUCCUAUGUUGCGGGGACCACAGGCAUGUCACCAUGCCGGGCUAGUUUUUUGAUUUUUUUUUGUAGAGACAAGGUGUUACUGUGUUGCACAGGCUGGUCUCCAACUCUUGGGCUCGGGAUCCCCCCACCUUGGCCUCCCAAAGUGUUGGGAUUACAAGCGUGAGCCACCACGUCCAGGCUUUCUUGUUUUUAGCUGUGUAGAGCUGCCACGAUUGUGCUGUGAACAAGUACUUUAGUGAACAUAUGUCCUCCCUUUGGGUAAACACUUGGAGUGGAAUUUGUUAGGUUCUGGGGUCAGUGUGUGUUCAUAGUUUCCCAAAGUGGCUCUGCCAUUUACAUUUGAAACAGGACUUCCGUGUGUGAGAAUUCUAGCUCCUUCUUGUCCUUACAGAGCAGCUGGAUGCUGCGUGUGUGGGGCAGAUCACAUUGGGUUUUGUGAGAGCCAGUAGCAGGGUUAAGGAUUUUAGGGACUUCACAGAAGGAGGCUGGAGAGCAUCAGCAGAGGCAGCCUGGACCUUGGAUCUGUAAACAGAAGACACUGUUUGAAACUGCACAACUGAGUUGGGGUUUCCAACAGGGCAGGUGGAGGCCUGUGGGUAGGUGUGUGCGGCAGCCACAGAGGCUGGGAUAGCUUGGCACUGGGGUCAGGGCUCAGCCAGCCUGUGUGUCUUACACCUGGUAAUGAGAUCACUUGUAAACAAUUUCUGUUUAUGAAUUACAAGAUAUUGAAGCCAAACAAGAAGCACAGAAGGAAAAAGAAAUUGAUGAACAGGAAGCAAAUGCCUCAGCAUUUCAUAGAAGCAGGACUCCAUUGGAUAAAGACCUUAUUAAUAUGGGGAUCUGUGAGUCUUCUGGCAAACAGUGUUUGCCUCUGGUUCAGCUCAUACAACAGCAUCUUAGGUAAGUCGUAUUAGCUGUAUUGUAUUGUGUUUUAUUUAUUUACUUUUUUUUGUAUUUUUGAGACAGAGUUUCGCUCUUGUUGCCCAGGCCGGAGUGCAGUGGCACGAUCUUGACUCACCGCAACCUCCGCCUCCCAAGUUCAAGUAAUUCUCCUGCCUCGGCCUCUCGAGCAGCUGGGAUUACUGGCGUGCGCCACCACGCCCCACUAAUUUUUGUAGUUUUAGUAGAGACGGGGUUUCUUCAUGUUGGUCAGGCUGGUCUUGAACUCCUGAUCUCAGGUGAUCCACCCACCUUGGCCUCCCAAAAUGUUGGGAUAACAGGCAGUAGCCACCACGCCUGGCCUAUUUAUUUACUUACUAACGUUUUUGUGUGUGUGUGUGUGUGUGUGACGGAGUCUCUCUAUCGUCCAGGCUGGAGUGCAGUGUCAAUGAUCUUGGCUCACUGCAACCUCCGCCUCCUGGGUUCAAGCUAUUCUCCUGCCUCAGCCUCCCGAGUAGCUGGGACUAGAGGUGUCUGCAACCACAUCUGACUGAUUUUUGUAUUUUUAGUAGAGAUGGGGUUUUACCAUAUUGGUCAGGCUGGUCUCAAACUCCUGACCUCAGGUGAUCCACCUGCCUUGGCCUCUGCAAAUGUUGGGAUUACAGGCGUUAGCCACUGUGCCUGGCCUGUAUUGAAUUUUAAUAGGUGAUUAUUGGUUUUCAUAUUAAGAUGGUGAAAUCCAGCACGAGGAUCUCAAAACUUUAUUUGGUGAUUGAAGGAAUAUUCUGAAAAUUACCUAGUAUAGAUUUUAGGGUAAAGAGCAGACCCUUUUAAAUAUAGGUGAGAGGAGAAGUUGGGGGGCAUGGUGAUGUUCAAAAGUUUUUCCAGAAGAGAAAUUGGGUGUGCAGUAAACCUGUAAAAAGAUUCUUGCUAAUAAGCAGGUGGAUGUAUAUGAAAAUCAUCAUAGAAGGUUAUUUUUAAAACUGGUUGUAUCAUUGCCUCACUUCAUAUAUUAUAGAGUUAUACAUACUACUUUGUAAGAUAACUUUUCUUUUCAAAACUAAAGUCAAUGUGAAAGAAUGGUGAGCAUUGUUUUGGAAGGCCCGACUUGGAGGAGGUGGGAAGAAGUCAGACUCAGCCUGUGAACAGAGACUAACCUUGGCAGAAGCCAAAACAGUCAGACAGUGUUGUCUAAAAAUAAUCAUUCAAGAAGAGCGAAAAAACAAGGUGAUUUGUGAAAGAGAUUUAUUAGAAAAUGAAACACGUUUGUACCUCUGUUAAAUAAAAAUCUGCUUUUUGUCAAA